CCAUACAGCAGCAACUCAGGGCAGAGCAAUGCUCCGCUCCAUGGCGCCCCUCCACGCCGCCGCCGCCGCCGCGCAGCACGCCGCCGUCGGUGCGGCUCCAGGCAGAGAUGCUGCCCCGAAGAAGAAGAACGGCGGCAGCGUUCCGGCCAGACGCGAUACCAGGAGGGCGUUCCUGAGCGGCGUGAUGAUCGCUGCCGCCGGCGCCGGCGCGCUGCUGGGCCACGUGGACGCCGCGCCGGCGGCCUCCAAGAGGCGGGCCCCGCCGCCGCCGACGGAGGAGAAGGAGAAGAAGGACCCCAACCUCAGCGGCGUGCAGGCCAAGGUGUUGGCCAGCAGGAAGAGGAAGGAGGCCAUGAAGGAAGCCGUGGCCAAGAUGAAGGAGAAGGGGAAGAGGCCUGCCGACGCGGCCAGCAGUGUAACCGGAAUUACGGCCAAAUCGACAGGGGCCGUUGUAGAGUGAGUAUGUUUGGGUGCCGCCGAUUAAUUUACCAACCACUCAUUCAUUUGUCGAUGACGAGCACAUAACAGAGAUCGAUCCGACAUGUCUUGGAGUAAAUAUUCACUGAAUGAGUAUCGUUUUGCUACGUGCUAUGGAGUACAUCUUGAA